GGAGUCUAUUGUAAGGGAGUAGCACCCGGAGCAAGCACAAAGAGCGCACUCACUGCAUCACUCACUCACACCGUGCACCAUGAGCACCAAUAUCAGGUACAAGAGCAAACUGCUCAAGACAGACGAGAAGGAGACAGCGGGGUAUGAUGGUUUCAGAACUGGUUUGACAUUGGGCUCCCAUGAGAGCCGCCCUCAGUCUCUCACAACGGAUCAAGAGAAGCAAUAUGUUGGAUUUGCUACAUUACCUAAUCAAGUUCACCGAAAGUCUGUGAAGAAGGGAUUCGACUUUACUCUUAUGGUUGCUGGAGAAUCUGGCCUAGGAAAAUCUACGUUAGUCAACAGUCUGUUUCUAACAGAUCUCUACAAAGAGAGGAAGUUACUCAAUGCAGAAGAAAGAAUUAGUCAGACGGUGGAAAUCCUAAAACAUACAGUAGACAUAGAGGAGAAGGGAGUGAAAUUGAAGCUGACCAUAGUAGACACGCCAGGGUUUGGAGAUGCAGUCAAUAACACUGAGUGCUGGAAGCCCAUUACUGACUACAUAGACCAGCAGUUUGAACAGUAUUUCCGCGAUGAGAGUGGACUGAACCGGAAAAACAUCCAAGAUAACAGGGUGCAUUGCUGCUUGUACUUCAUACCACCUUUUGGACAUGGGCUCCGGCCUGUGGAUGUGGCAUUUAUGAAAGCUCUACAUGAGAAGGUGAACAUUGUUCCUCUGAUUGCCAAGGCUGACUGCCUGAUACCAAGUGAAAUACGCAAACUGAAGGAGCGGAUCAGAGAAGAGAUAGAAAAAUUUGGAAUUAAGGUGUAUCAGUUCCCAGAGUGUGACUCUGAUGAAGAUGAUGACUUCAAGCAACAGGACAGAGAGCUAAAGGAGAGUGCCCCUUUUGCAGUCAUUGGUAGUAACACAGUAGUAGAAGCCAAAGGUCAAAGGGUACGAGGUCGUCUAUACCCAUGGGGCAUUGUGGAAGUGGAGAACCAGUCUCAUUGUGAUUUUGUGAAACUGAGGAACAUGCUGAUCAGGACACACAUGCACGACUUGAAGGAUGUCACGUGUGAUGUACAUUAUGAAAACUACAGAGCGCAAUGUAUCCAGCAGAUGACCAGGAACGAAGAAAUACAGAACACUGCACCAAGCAAGCUAACUCAGGAUAACAGGAUAGAGAGCCCAAUCCCGAUUCUGCCAUUGCCAACACCUGACGCCGAGACAGAGAAACUGAUAAAAAUGAAGGAUGAAGAGCUGAGGCGGAUGCAGGAAAUGUUGCAGAAAAUGCAGCAACAGAUACAAGAGCAGUGAGCAUCAUAUCACAACGGCACUUACCCUUCACGGUUCCCACGCCCCAAAAUCCGUCACCACUAGGACCAGUACUGAGAUGGACGUGAUAUCUUUGGACUCAUCUCUGUAUAUUAUUUAUUGUUCUAAGCACCCGUCCAAUAUGAACUCCUCCCUAUGUAUACCGACCUCUCCCAUUCCUCUUCUAACAUCUCACUGUAAUGGAGCCAAGCACUUCACAAUAAGGCUUAACCCCCCCCCAACACAAUAUGGUUUUCAUCUUAAAAGGACCUGUAGAAACAAAACAUGAAUAAGUAAGAAGAAUUUUGGGAAACAAGCAGGACAACUCCACGACGUGAUGAAAAUAAGAGCUUAUUCUGUUCCAAACCACAAACUCUUAAAUAUUGAUUUUUAACAAAAAAUAUCAUCUUUCUUUCACCAAGGUCUGUCCUUAAAGUAGAAGGAGUUUUAUGUACAGGGUGAGAGCUGAAAUAUUUGUUUUGUUCCUGCGCGCUUUACCUUGCUAUAAGAAAAGCUUGUGCUAUUUUGUAUUUGUA